UGGAGCAGAAGGUCCUUCCGCAGACAUCUCUUCAGCAGCACAAUGUGGAAGAUGGACAGAGCAGCCUCUGUAACCAUCCUCAUCCUCCUUCUGUGUGCCAUUGCUGCACAGGGUGUUCCGAUCCCAGGAGCACAAGGACGGUGCCAAUGCAUUCAGACCAGCUCUGAUGUUAUUCGUCCAAAGGUCAUCCAGAGCUUGAAAUAUAUUCCCAGAGGAUCUCACUGUGAGAAAGCAGAGAUUAUAGUCACUCUGAAAAAUAAGAAGAAAGUGUGUGUGGAUCCUGAUGCGAAGUGGUUGCAGGUUCUCAUCACAGCCAAGAAAGGUGGCAAACAACACAAUUCAAAAAAUUGAAGCUGCAAAAUAACGGAUUCACUUCCACUCCUGAAUUAUUUGACGGGGAAUGAAGGAAGCUCAGCCCUGGGUGUUAACUCUGUGAUAUCACCUUCCAAUGGUUUGUUCCAGUGUCAUCUCUUCAUUGUCUUCUGAGAAUGGUCUUGGAAAUGCUCCCUGUCGCAGGACAUGUUUAAGCCCUGUCAAGCUCUCUGUUUACACCUAAGAAACCAUUUGAUGUUUGUGUUAAACUUUGUGCUAAGUCCGAAAUUUCUUUUGACAUCUGUGGUAAUUAAGGUAGAUCCUGAACUUGUGAACCCUGUGGAAAAGACUGGAUGAGAUGGAUGUCAGUUGUUAAAACUUAAUAUUAGCUAUGAGAGGAGUAGAUGAUGGUGGUGUUAGAAUAACUCAGUUCAUUAAUUUCCAUGGAUACGUUGUUCAAAAUGAAUUCGGUCCACAAGGGAAGCCGGUGGUGGGGUUGUGGACUGUGCUCUCUGACAUCCCUGGAAUUAAGGCUGGAGGACCCUGGAAUAAAGUUCAGAAAUUGUUCGGAAACCCUUCCCGCUCCUGAUGCCCUCUCUCCACCCUGACGGACCAAGCUGCUGGCAUGAAAAAGUAAAUGUGCCAAUGACUGUCUUCUCAAGUCCAUGUAAUUUGACUGAAGUGAGAGAGCAUGUCAGCUGUUGUAAAAAGGAUUUUUUUUGGUUAUGUCAUUAAAAUGACCUGAGUUAGAAUGGUGAAUGUAUAAAUAAUUAACUAAACCCACUUCUCUUUUUUCCUGAAGAUAUGGUGUGACGUAAUGUUGUCUCAGUCAUUUCCAGAGCAAAUUUCUACAUGGUCCCCUUUCCUGUUUAAAUCCUGUUCAUAGUCUGUGAUAAGCUUAUGGCAAUACUGUUAACCAAACAUGUUUGUCCUAGUUUGAAUGAAACAAUCUUACUUUGGAAUACAAGAACAAAUGCCUGCAAAUAACAUUGGUGCCUUUUUACAGCAAUGUUUUUUACUAUUGAUAUUUUAACUGCAACUGUGGUGUUUUCUCUGUAAAGUGUCAGGUUUUAGGAUUUGUUCAAUGUCUGUGGAAGUAAAUUCUCUGCAGAUGUAAUUUUAAUGUAAAAUACCUGCAUUUUAGAAGGUAGUGCUGCUAAUAGUCUGAUAAUCACUGGAGGAAAUGAAACUUGUAAAUAGGAACAAUGUCUAUAUGGUGAUGGAAAUCCCUUGCCCUGAUGGAACUUUCACUGACUGGAUUCAGUUGACCAACUAUCACAUCAGGACCCUUGAUGU